AUGAUCUCCAAAUUUAUUUACGCGCUUGUGCUCAUCGCUGGUACCAUUUUAUAUGAGUCAACGCUUGCGCAAAUUGACGGAUACAGACCGGGAAUCGACUACCCCGUUUACAACUCAGUGCCCCCGGGCCUGGGGUUCAACUGCGGGGGGAAAUUACCGGGUUAUUACGCAGAUCCAGAAGCUAGAUGCCAAGUUUGGCACUGGUGUCUUCCCAGCGGUCAGAUGUUCAGUUUUCUUUGUCCAAAUGGCACCGUUUUUAGCCAAACUACCCGAGUCUGCGAUUGGUGGUUCAAGGUCGACUGCAAUGACUCGCCAAGACUCUACGGUAUCAAUGAUGACUUGUAUCGAGACGCGAACGGCAACAGAAUAUAA